AUGCCUUCUGUUCGGCGGUAUCUUGCCAAACAGCUUAAACUUGUCUUAACGGUUCGGGGUCUUUCUGCGCUUCUCAUCCGAGGCUCCAACGCUAGUUCGCUCAUCUUGAAUAGCGCUUUAAACAGGUUGAUGUCCGCAUCGACUUCUGCGAAUGCAACAAAGCUAAUGAAAUUGCAAGGAUUAUGUAAAAACCUUGGCAUCGAUCUGAAUCAAAUUGAUUCUGGCAGCGCGGAAGUUAAAUCAGGUUUCUACGAUUUCCUUCUUGAAAUUGAAAAAUUGGCUAGAAGCAAGAACUCCAUCAUUUAUCCUACACCUAUUGGUCCGAAUAGCUGCGACCCCGCUUUUAUUGAAGUAUUCAAGUACUCUAGAUCUCCUCCCACGACAACUGCGUCCAUUCCACCUCCGCCAGAUCAGCCCAUUCCGGUGUAUAGAGUCUCGAAUUUUUCUGCUAAACAAUUUUCCUAUGGAUCAGCCGCGAGCAAGGCGCGGAAGCCAACACAUAGCACUGGUGGAGCUCUGAGUAAAGCCGAAGCAAGACGUGCGAGGAAGCUGCGAAAACAACAACAGCGUAAAGUCAAUGAAGGACUUUUGGAUCUGUCUACUCAGAAGCAGUUUGUGCCUCAUGAGGAUGGCGACUUGACUAAGCCGCCUCCCUUUGGCCCUCGGAAAGCACCUCGAUCGGCUUCCCAGCCGGCUGUUAACCAAAGUUCCACAUUGAACCAUAACCCCCCGGUGAAUACAGCACCUAAACGUCUCCGUCCGAUAGUUAUCGAUGGAGCCAACGUUGCUCAUGGUGAAUCAUCGAACUCUAAUUUCAACGUCCAUAACCUGCGUUGCGUUAUAACCUACUUCAAACAGCGAGGCCACGAGGAAAUCUCGAUCUUCUUGCCCAGCACUGCGCAACCCAAAUGCACAGCUUGCUUUUCGGCUAAGGAGAUAUCUCGCCACUUCACGUUUACGCCCUGCCGGCGGCUUGAAAACGGUUUCAAGCCGCAGAAGGCAGAUGACGAUAGUGUGAUUCUGGAGUUUGCCAGAAAGAAGGAUGCAGUGGUAAUUUCCAAUGAUCAGUACCGCGACUGGCUAAUACAGAGGCCUGAAUUUCGUGAUGUUAUUGAGAAUCGCGUUAUCCCGUACACCCUCAGAACUGGGAUCUUCGUUCUUUCGCAUUAUCCAUUUGGAAAAGACAAGCCCCCCUUAGAUGAGCUCCUAUCUUUUCCUGAUUAG